AAAGGUGUGGUCGUUAAGGAUUCUCCGCCCCCUGUCGCGUGUUACAAACAAUUUUUAUUCACUUAUUCAUGUCAGACAUUUUAAGUAAUUAAUCAAAACAAAGGCUUUAACUUAUAUUUUGCAGAAGAAACGUUUUCAAUUGCAAACAGCGAGUUUAGAAAACCCCCUUUCUUUCAAGUAACGAGCCCUAUGGAGUGUAGUGCACUAUGUAGUGAUGCUGCCUUCUGCUGGAGCCGCACUGCUCCACCGGCCCGUGCAGAGAUGGCGAGGAAACCCCGCGGACACGGCACUGCUUUUUCAUGACGGUGAGUUUCCCCUUUGAGUGUAUUAUAAUUUUGUGAUAAAAAUUUCAAGGAAAAAACACACACUUCCUCCCCUUCCUUCGGGGAGGGAAGAGCAAGCGUGGAGAGAGAAAAAUCUAUCUGAGACUGAGCAGCAAGGACAGUGAGGGAAAAUAUAUAUGAGUGGGAGAGGGAGAAAGAAGAAGAAGGAGGAGGAGGAGGAGGAGGGGGAGCAAAUUAAAAGUUGCCAAAUGGAGAUAUUGGGUUUCAAGAGGAGUGAGACAGGAGUAAGGGUUUGCCUCUUAUUCGAGUCGUCUUUGUGUGAUGCAAAUUCAAAUAAAUAUUUAUGCUUCGCCAACGAUCUGUUCUCCGCUCGGUUUUUGCUCGACGAAUUCAGCCGUUUCUUAAUAGGUGGUGGUGGUGGGGGGGGGGGGGACGUCCACAUCGUCAAUAAGGCCAUCAACAACUCGGAGCACGAAGAAUGCUUAGGACUCGCCUGAUGAUCCGCUUUGACCCCCUUCACAAAACCUCAGACAUCCGUGCCAGUGUUAGAGGAGCCGUGCGAUGCCGAAUACGCGUUUCUUCGUGCCGCCCGUCCCGCUCGCGCUCCCCGGCUGUCACAUCCGCGCAAACACGCCUCUAGAAGAGCAUUUUCGAGCCGUGCGACUGAACUAGCCUCUCCAGCCUCGGUCUAGUUAAGGACAAAGUCCUUGUGUAGUUCUAGCUGUUACUUUUCAGCGAGAUUAAGGCGGGUUUUGUGCGUCCUGCCCUUGCGCCAUGGAGAGCCUUUUCAGUCCUCCCUGCCGCCCUUGUUUGACAAGUGAAUCAGUAAAUGCGUCGCUUUGCUUCAACAGGGUUUUACUGUGUAUUUUGAGGGGUUGCUGGUUUCCUACGUGUCUGUUUUCCGCCCCUUUGACUUAACAGGCAAAGAGGAUAGAUAGGUUUUUUUUUCUGUUAGAGAGGAAGAAAAAAAUUAUUCAUCUCCUCCCUCAUUUGGCUUGCUAAGUUGACUACAGCCUUAACGAGCACAACUAUACCUCUUAUAUUCAGCAAGUCGUUUGGUUUAUAAAACCCGUAAUUGCAUGCAUAUGCACGAAUUAAAAAAAAAAAAAACAUUUUGAAGUUGUUUAUCCAGGACAUGCAAAAGGGCCGGAUUAAUCUGUCAUACAUUUUUUUUCUUCUUCAUUCAGAUCGCGCUACACGGAUAACGCGAGCUUAGUCUUGCUUUUUCUAAAAUGUUAAACGUUUUGAAUGUAAAUAGCAUACAUAUAAUCUUAAUAUCGAGAAGUUAUUAAUCGUAUAAUCACUCGAAUUCAUUUAUAACCUUGAGACUGUUCGAUGCUCGAGUUUCGUUUUCUGUUCUUAUGCGUGCGCUGUUUAAUUAUGAAAUAAAGCGCGACAUUCGCAAUUGUGGGCUUCUGCAAGUUCAUUAAACUGUUUUUAACAACGCGUCGUUGUUUUGAAACAAAAGCGAAAAAAUUUGUGCAUCGAAUGCUGUUCAAACAUGGGGAAAAACACACAACGGAUUUAAUUCCCUCACGAGCCUUGACCAUAAAAUGUGUUAUAAAACAUUAACAGAAGCUUGUUAAGUGUGAGUGAACAAUCAGACUGGCCCAAACAUGUGUCGCCCAUCCCCCACGUCGCUUCCUUUGUCACAUUUCCACACAUGCAUUUUCAAGUUGGUCACUUUCCUAUGGCUACUUUACAAAAAUAAGAUCUGAAACUACAGUCGAGUACCGUUUUACCACUGCACAAGUACUCUGCGUCACAAUGUGUUUUGUCUGUGGGCUGUGGCGCGAGCAGUGGCGCAGUUUCAGUCACGAGCCGCCAUUUUAAUGUGUCUGGCUGCAGCAAAGGGUGUAAUGGAUGAUGAAGACGACCGCCGUCUUCUGGAUUUUAUAGGAGAUGUGCAAGCAUUAAAUGAGUAUCUUCAUGGUUCAAAUAGUAAAACUAUUGGAGAAGAUGAUGUGACUAAUGCAGCGUUUGGGUCAGCCAGUUCGUUCUUCACCAGUGACACAGGUGGCUCCAGCGAAGGACUCAAAGAUGACCACAAUCAUUUGGGAGAGUUUGGGGAGGCUGAUGGAAGCAGUCUUUCUUUCAUCGAGGAUGACCUCGACAGUGAGACCUCAGCAGAUGGGGUCGAUCUUGGGGGUGAGGACCAACCCUUUGACAUCCUUCAGAAGUCAUUGCUGGAAGCAGAUAUUACAGAGCAGACGCUGGCUCAAGAAGCCCUUUUGGACUCCCAGCCAUCUCUCAUUCCCACAGCUACCGCCUUCCCUCAGCAGCUGGUCUCUGGAGGGUUUGGAGGUGUUGCAGGUCCUGGUGUGGUGGCACCAUUGGCACAACCUCAGGCUUUUAUACAGCAGGUUCCCCAACUACCCAUACCAAAUGGCCCUGCUGGACACAUCCAGGUAGUGGGAUCCUUCAAUGGCAGUGCCUCCUCCAUGAUGACUAUCAACAGUUUGGAACAGUCUCAGAUCCUGUUGAGGCCAAGCGGAAAUGUAGUGACCAACAACAGCGGGCAAGGUACCAUGUUCGCCCCUACGGCAGCUGGUCAGGUGUCAAUGUCCUUCAAUAAAGGGACGAUACCUCUUCAGAAUUUUAUCAUCCAGAGAGGCCCUAUGCAACAGACAUUGGUUAGACCCAUUCAGCCUAAACCCUUACAGACAGGGGGACAAACUCUAUACAAUAUCAGCAACAUUGGGCUCCAACCCAGCACCACCACUACUGCGAAUUUUGUCAGUAGCCCCUACACAGCCAGCGGCUCUCCUCAGUCUGCUCAACAGGUGAAAGUGGUCAAUCCAGCCAGCAGCAUUUUAAUGCAUUCACCUCUGGGGCAACAAGCUCAACCACAGUCCCAAUCCAAUCUGCCUCAAGGGCAGUUUUUGCUACCCACUUCUAUUUCCCUCACCCCUGGUACCACUGUUCACAGCUUCCAGGCUGUGAAUGGGCAGGUGUUACAAACAAACACUCAAGUGGGCGACCCGUCGUCAAUGUGCACUACCACCUACUCCAUCCUCACCAAUCAGAACACAACAGUACAGCUUAUCGCUGGGCAGAACUUUUCAACUGGAGGGCAGCUGAUAGUCAAUCAAGGAUUGGUUGCUGGAGGUCAAAUAGAUCAAGUUUCACCGACGCCUGUUGUGCAGGUGUCUCAAAGGCCUGGUGCAACGGCCAAAGUUUGGACUGCCAGCGCGUCACCUAGCCCAACCCCUGUACAGACAUCACAGGCUUCAGGGCACCUCACCAUGGUCAGUUCUGGCAUCCAAGGCCCACAGGUUUGUCAACAGUUAUCUGUGACCCCAGGACAGCACCUCCUAAUGCCCAUGGCCCAGAACGUUCCAGCUACUUCUGGUGUUCAGGAGUUUCAAGUCUCUUUAAACCAGGACGCCACAGCAGCAACACAAAGAGGGCAAACACAAUUAGUUAAUCUCCUUGGUACCAAAGUUGUGAAAACACUCACUCCUAUCAGUCAGGAAUUGCCUCUCACACCGAAGCGACCUGCAACUCAACAACUUACUCGAGGAGAAAUGGUUCUCCAGCAGUUAAGACGAGAUCACAGUGGAGUCAUGUCUUCAGAGCGGACGCCCUUCACUUCAUAUAAUGAUGUCAUUGACAGAUUACUGCCCUAUCAUGUUUUCCAAGGCUCACCACCACGAGAUGAAGAUUUCACCAAAGUUGAAGAGGAGUUUGAGGCAGUUGCCGUACAAGUGUUAAGCAGAACGCAGGCCAUGGUGAACAAAUACAGGCGCUUACUCAUGGUGGAGGCAGAGAGGUCCAGCCCUUCAUCAGAAAUGGUGAUGAUUGACAGGACUUUUAAUCAAGAGGAACGGGGCAACUUGACCCAAGACAAACGAAUGAUAUUAGUGGAUCCAGAUGGCUUCCUGGAAGACUUCUGCUGUGGCACUAAACUGAAGAUCCAAAGUCCUGAAGUUUUGACCCCAGCCGCCCAUGAGGGCAAUCCCAGCGUAAUGAAGACAUCCCCAAUGCAUUCCAUAAGUCACACCGGAAGAGAUGAGCAGGGUAUGAACAGCCACACAGAGCCUGCUUAUAGGACAGAACCUCAACAACAAGGAAUGGAGGAACACAGAAGAACUCCCAUCAAGUGCAUCCUGGAUCUAAAAAAAAAGAAAUGCAACAACCUAAUCAGCAGCAACAGUCAACAUGCACACUACCCUACAUCUCCCACCCAAUCACAGCAUAGCUCCGCCCAAGGCUACCCUUCGAAUCUGGUGCAGGGUCAUGAACAGCAACAUCCCUCAGAUCAUAGUCACGCCCCAUUGGCUGACACUGACUCUGUGCUUGAGGCUGCCGUGAAUAGCAUCUUAGAAUGUUAGACAGUGCCAUAUUUAUGUCUGUUUGUUGUUCCAUGUUAAUCUCAUUUCAUUUCAUGCCAUGUGUGUGCAAGCUGAACUCCACGGCACGUGUGAACGGAUGUUCAUUGGCAUUAUUGCGGGUUAAAAUGCACACAACGGCUCUGAUGAUGUCGAGGAACAGGAAGGGGAAUCUGGUGAUGGUGAUACUCUAAUACUGUGCCUGUUGUCCUAGAGAAGUUUACAUAAGAAAGCCUUUUUGACAAUGCUUCACAGGAUACACUUGCAGUCACACACACACACACACACACACACACACACACACACACACACACACACACACACACACACACACACACACACACACACA